CACAAAAUAAAGCAGACAAACCGCCUGUCAUCAUCAUAAUUGCCGGUCAAAUAUUACCAUUAGCGUCGAUUCGCUCAUUCGCAGAUAAUUACAAGGAGAGCUGGAACUAUUGGAAUUCAAGCUCCGCCUACACGAUAAACAUUGAUCUUCAACAACUCAACGCCGAAGGUUUUCCCCGAACAAACCAGAAUCAUGGCGUCAGAAAUCCCUGCAGUAUUGCAGAAACUUUAUGGCUACAUAGACCAACAUAAAAAGGAAUACAUCGAUAAUCUCCGUGAAGCAGUCGCCAUAAAGUCGGUAUCAUCAUGGCCAGACUCUCGUGGCGAAUGCGUAAGGAUGAUAGAGUGGAUGGAGGUGAAGAUGAAGGCGCUUGGAGCCCAGACAGAGUUAGCCCCAAUUGGUAAUGAAACACUUCUGGAUGGCAGAGUCAUCCCACUUCCUCCUGUUCUCCUCGCAUCACUCCCCAAGGACCCAAAAAAGAAGACAGUCUUGAUCUAUGGACAUCUGGACGUUCAGCCAGCCCUCAUCGAAGACGGUUGGGACACCGAGCCCUUCACCCUCAUCGAAAAGGACGAUAAACUUUUUGGUAGGGGCAGCACCGAUGACAAGGGUCCAGUUCUCUGCUGGCUGCAUGCUCUCCAAGGUUACAAGGCCAUUGGUGAGGAAUUCCCAGUAAACCUGAAGUUCAUUUUCGAGGGAAUGGAGGAGUGUGGCUCUGAGGGGCUCGACAAACUCCUCUGGGAGAGAAAGGAUUCAUUCCUGAAUGACAUUGAUUAUGUCUGUAUCUCUGAUAACUACUGGUUGGGUACUACCAAGCCCUGUAUCACUUAUGGCCUUCGUGGGCUGACGUACUACCAUCUUGAAGUAUCCUGUGCUAAGGCUGAUUUGCACAGUGGAUCCUACGGUGGUUGUGUCCACGAGGGUAUGAGCGAUCUCAUCUACUUGCUCAAUACUCUGGUUGAUGUCAAUGGCAAGAUACAGGUCGAAGGGAUUUACGAUUCUGUUGCCAAACUGACUGAUGCAGAGAUCAACAGUUACAAGGACAUCGAAUUCGAUGUGGCUGAGUUUAAGACAUCCGUCGGUGCUAAUAGACUUGCUCACAACGAAGACAAAACCCAGUUGUUGAUGCAUCGCUGGAGGCAGCCCAGUCUCUCCAUUCAUGGAAUUGAGGGUGCCUUCAGCGAGCCCGGGGCCAAGACUGUGAUACCAAGAAGAGUAGUUGGAAAAUUCUCGAUCAGAAUUGUUCCUGAUAUGAAGGUUGAGGAUGUUGAGGCUAAGGUGAAGGCACAUCUUGAAAAGGAGUGGAAGAAGAGGGGGAGUCCGAAUAAUAUGAAGAUUGUUAUGGGACAUGCGGGAAGCCCCUGGACGGAGAAUCCAGAUCAUCCGCACUACGUUGCUGCCAGGACAGCCACCAAGUACGUGUAUGGGGUGGAUCCUGAUUUAUCUAGAGAGGGAGGCUCCAUUCCUGUCACACUCACCUUCCAGGAGGUCACUGGGAAGAAUGUACUACUGUUGCCAGUUGGCUGUGGUGAUGAUGGAGCACAUUCCCAGAAUGAAAAGCUCAAUAUUCGGAAUUACAUUCAGGGUACCAAACUACUGGGUUCAUAUCUCUACGAAGUCUCUCGCCUGUGAAAGGAUGACGUACUAUAAUGAGGAUUACGGAGAAUCCUGAGAGUUUGAAAGAUGAGAAAUAUAUUUUACAUCUUUGUUAAUACUUUGUUCAUUCAUAGAACUGGCCUAUACAUGAAAGAGGAUUAGUCUCAAAGACACCUUUAAUAAAAAAAUAUUGAAAAAUA